AUGUCGGGCCUCGAGGUCAUUGGCGUCAUCUCCGGCAUAGUCUCGAUCCUAGACGCCAUCGUGCGAAUCCACGGAGUGGCCCGAGAGAACCAUCGGCUUCCGCCAGCCUACGAUGACAUUACCCACAGGGUCGCUCUGGUUCGCGAAACUCUGUCGGCGGUGGAAAGCCGUCUGGAAAAGGAUACCGAAGAUUCCGAGACUUACAAAUCCAUAGAAUUGACGCUGAAGGCGUCCGAGAAGAAAGCCAACCGACUCCUAGGCCUCUACGACGAGGUGUCUGCGCCAUAUGGGACAGGAGUAGCCAAGAGGUACAUGUUGGCAGCGCGCGCUGUGAGGAGGAGAAGCGAGGCGGACCAUCUGACCAAGGACCUCCUCUUAGACGUGCAGCUUCUCACAGGGCAUCACGUCGUCAAGUCGGCAACGGAGGCUCAAGUUGCCAGGCUCGCCGAGGCGAUAGAAGAGGCGUCGACCCCCACCCCCGUCGAAGAUAGGGUCGUGGCGGAGUUUAGGAAUUAUGGAAGCGGGUCGCAGAACAUUCAGACCGGAAACGGAUCCCAGUUCAAUAACACUGGGAGCGGAUGUCAAUUCAAUGGCACGUUUGAAGGGCCCUUUUACUUUGGCCCCAUGCAUGGG